CGGCGGCACGGGGUGAAAUUUCUGGAAGGUGCGGCCGGAGCGAGGCCGGGAUCGGGAUCAGGAUCAGGGUCGGGAUCGGCUGCAGGGUCGGGCCGGGGGCCGCGGGCGGUGACGGCCCCCAGCGCCGCCGCCAUGAACCACAAGAGCAAGAAGCGGAUCCGUGAGGCGAAGCGCAGCGCCCGGCCCGAGCUGAAGGACUCGCUGGACUGGACCCGUCACAACUACUGCGAGACCUUCCCCCUCAGCCCCACCGCCUGCAAGGAUAACGUGGAGAGGGCCGAUGCACUCCAGUUAACAGUGGAGGAGUUUGUUGAGCGCUAUGAGAAGCCUUACAAGCCCGUGGUGCUGCUGAACGCUCAGGUGGGCUGGUCUGCCCAGGAGAAGUGGACGCUGGAGCGGCUCAAACGCAAGUACAGGAACCAGAAGUUCAAAUGUGGGGAGGACAAUGAUGGUUACUCCGUGAAGAUGAAGAUGAAAUAUUACAUCGAGUACAUGGAAACCACACGUGAUGACAGCCCUCUGUACAUCUUUGACAGCAGCUAUGGAGAGCAUCCCAAGCGAAGGAAACUCCUGGAGGACUACAAGGUCCCCAAAUUCUUCACUGAUGAUUUGUUUCAGUAUGCAGGGGAGAAACGAAGGCCACCCUACAGAUGGUUUGUGAUGGGCCCACCUCGUUCUGGAACAGGAAUUCACAUUGAUCCCUUGGGCACCAGUGCCUGGAAUGCCUUAGUGCAGGGCCACAAGCGUUGGUGCCUGUUCCCAACCAGCACCCCCAGAGAGCUGAUCAAGGUGACACGGGAGGAGGGGGGCAACCAGCAGGACGAGGCCAUCACCUGGUUCAAUGUCAUCUAUCCUCGGACACAGCUUCCCACCUGGCCCCCCGAGUUCAAACCCCUGGAAGUCUUACAGAAACCAGGAGAGACAGUCUUUGUGCCAGGUGGCUGGUGGCACGUAGUCCUCAAUCUUGACACAACUAUUGCCAUCACACAAAACUUUGCUAGUUGUACCAACUUCCCAGUGGUGUGGCACAAGACAGUGAGAGGAAGACCCAAACUGUCACGGAAAUGGUACAGGAUCCUAAAGCAGGAGCAUCCUGAAUUGGCAGCCUUGGCUGAUUCAGUUGACCUGCAGGAAUCUACUGGUAUUGCUUCUGACAGUUCUAGUGAUUCUUCCAGUUCAUCAAGUUCCAGCUCCUCAGACUCUGAUUCAGAGUGUGACUCUGGCUCUGAGACUGAGGGGAUGAUGCACCGCAGGAAGAAGCGGAGGACGUGCGGGAUGAUGGGGAACGGGGACACAACUUCCCAGGACGACUGCGUGAGCAAAGAGCGCAGCUCCUCCAGGAUUAGGGAAUCUUGUGGAGGCCGCAGCUACCCCUGAGGGAUAACACCACCUACCCAGAGGCAGCUGCUGAUGGAAGCUCUGUUAGCAGCCAGCCAGCUCUGUCCUACUCCCUCCUGCUUCUGUUUCUCACACUCCUUAAGUUUUUGUUAUUCUUCCUCGAUCCAGACAUCUUCGUUUCGUGCUGUCCAAGGUUGGCUCCUGAAUAACCCGUAGGGGAACACCCCAACUGUGUCCUUUGUGCAAUGCUUUGUCCCCUCUGACCCCUGCACUACAACCCAGCUGUGGGUAAGGACAUGCCAAGUAUUUCAUGGGUCACAGAACUGGCAAGGAAGGCAACGGUCAGUUUUUAAAGAACUCUUUUUAAAACCAGCAGGUGAAUGGAAAAAACCUGCCUUGCUUUGACACUGUCAUAUGUUUACAUGUUGUCCUGUACACUUGAGGAAAGGAACACCAGCCCUUUUGGCCUGUUGGAAUGAUUGGUGGAUGUCACACCAGAAUUUUGGGAAGAACAAGGAGGAAAUGAGCUUCUGCAAGAACUGAGCUGUGGAAAAUGAGUCCUUGGGUUUUACCCUGCUGCAGGACAGCGUUGCUGUCA